UAUUUCUGUCAUCGUCAUCCAUUCUUAACAUUUAUAUUACACGUUGUCGCUUCACAUUACAUAUUUUUACGCAAUAACAACAACAACAUCGUCUUCAUAACUUUAAAAAAAUCUUAUUAUUAAUCAAAAAUGUCGUCGACUGAAGAGAACACCCAACUCAAAGCAGGACAUCCGCCUGCAGUGAAAGCUGGUGGCAUGAGAAUCACACAACACAAAACGCCACACACAAAAGAAACUGGAAAGGAACCAGCUAAUGAAGACCUCACAGGUCUUUCGGGUCCCUCGCCAGUGCCAUCUAAUCCGGUCUCCAUUUCUGGAGCUCCCAACAGGGGCAACGCUGAUUUCACUCCAGAAGCAGCUCAAGUGGCACACAGUCCAAAGCCUCCAGCACACAUCAAUAUUAAGCCUAGCCCAAACAUCCAUCAGCCUAGGAAGUAGAUAAAUAGAGAUUAUAACAAAGGCAUAUCACCAUCAGACAGUUUGUAUAGAGUGCUUGUUUUUUCUUUUUUAAUAAUUUCUUUGUUUUUAUUUUCAGUUGAUUCUUUUAUGCCAGUAUACAAUAUACAUUUAAAAUAUAUAAUAUUGGAAAACUAGAU